AUGGCAAAACUAUGGCUGGUAUCAGUGACUAUUUUCUUAAUCUCCCUAUCUUUAUCCGUUGCAGCAGCCACAACAAAUCAAACUGCCACCGAUACAGGCAAUCAAUCUUUGGGCUGGCAGGAUGGAGGCGACCGACGAGGUACCUGGAGCAUCAUAAGCGACUGUCUAGCAACUAUAUUCGCGUGCACGUGGAGCAUCCAACAUCUCAACAUUCCCAGCUCCAAGGACUCCAAGUGGACGCGCUGGUGGAGAAGUGUCAAAUGGAUGCUGAUUACUGUUCUCUUCCCAGAGUUCAUCGUUCUGCAUGCGGUAUUUGAACUCGUAAUGGGAUUUGAGGCUUUAAGGGAGAUGGAUAAGAGUAACAAAUUGGUUAGAUAUCCGUGGUGGUUUACUUGGUUGUUAUCUCCUUCUCUGUCCGUUCGGAGUCUGGCUGUUUUGUUGAAGCACAUCUUUCAAAGAAAGAAAGCUGCUCAAACUAAUGGACCAGAAGACCUACAAGACGGAGAAGAGGAAGGAAGACGAGGGGGAGGAGAGGAAGAAGAAAAAGAAGAAGACAACAGAUGGACACUCACGCAUUGCCUCUUCGCAAAUAUGGGUGGCGUGUAUUAUAGGGACGCGGAAUCCGGAUUUCCGCUUACAGCACUGCAACUAGCACGCGAAAUGGAUGGGUUCCGCAAUCAAUGCAUAAGCGGGGACGAGAUUGAUGAUAGGAGCAAGCAAGACUGGUUUGCCAAGAUUGUUGCUGUUCUGCAAUUUUUGCAACUGGCGUUGUCACUGAUCGUCCGGGCCGAUAGGAGCCUCGAUUUCUCUCAGCUGGAGACAGUCACACUUGGAUUUGCCGUUUGCGGCGUUGUCACCUACAUUCUUUACCUGCCUAAACCACAGAAUGUCCAGACGCCUAUCUUCUUGGCUCCAGGCGACAGCCGGAUUGGUGGCAGUGGCCGAAUACUCAGGUACGAGAAGACUUUCGACAGCUUCUGGGGUAUUUUACUGAACGAAGAGAGACGACGAGACGAUAAACAAGAGUCUCUGGACAAAAGGUAUGUUGACAGAGUGCCAAAUGACAAUAUCCCCAUGUCCAAUAACCAGGUCGCACACUCUGGUAUCUUCGUCCUGGCGUUCGCGUCAGGCUUGUUCGGGGCCAUGCACGCCAUUGCCUGGAAUUUUGAGUUUCCCACACACGUCGAGCAGAUUAUCUGGCGGACAGCUACAGUGAUGGCCGCCGUUAGUCCCGUAGUUGGGCUCAUCGCCAUUCCUCUUGCACAACUGACCGUAUCGGCGGGGGAUCCUCAGGCGUUUAUGCGCAACUGCCUUCGGCUACUGAGGGAAUAUUCUUGGCACGUCGCUGACAAGGUCCCGGUUGACCAAGCACACGGCGACCUGGAGAACAUAUAUGCACUACGAGACCCAGACAGCAAGCAGGCCCGCCAGUGGUACAAGGUAAUAUUUGCUGGAGAUACCCCAAACCCGCUCGGCCGACAACUUGUCAAUUUUUUAGACCAGUUCAAGGCCCUGCUUAACUUGAUCGACGAGAGGAAGUCUAAGAAGCUCAACGACAGCGCCAAAACCAAUGUCUUUCCGCAGAAAAACAUGCUUCCUAGAACCCUGAAUGUCUUUAUCUUCUAUACGACAGGAUUGCUUCUUCGUCGCAUGCCGGACACGGUGUAUUUGGAGACGCCCUGGACGUCUUUUAUUCCUUCGCUUGGGUCCCACAAGUAA